CGUGGAAUAGAACACACACACACACACACACACAGAGAGAGAGCUGUGAAGGAGGUAGACACGGAAGGAUGCCCAGGAGGAGGGGAUGCAGGGGUCCUCAUCGUCCUGCUGCCCAUGAUCAUGCUGGAAGAGCAGAGACGCAGGGAGAAGGAGCCUUUCGCACUCAGACAGCGUAGGAGACAGCAGGAGGGGUAAAAACGGGGUUAAAAAAAAGGAAAAAACAAGCGAUCGGUGCGAAUGAGCGACUCGGAGGGGAGCGGGGGACACGCGCGCUGAGGGAGGGCAGCGCCGAUACCUGCUGUCGGAGCUCUGGAUGCCGGUGUCCCCGCCAAGAGGAGAACUGCUCGCCCUUUCCAUGAGCUCGGCUCAACCAUGAGGAGCCUCCUGCUCAUAACUUUGGCGUUCCGCUUCCACGGAGUAUGGGCGGCCCGUUUCUCACAGGAACCAGCGGAUCAGUCCGUGAUUCUGGGCCAGAGGGCGGUUCUGUCCUGCGUCGUGUUCAACUACUCGGGCAUCGUGCAGUGGACCAAGGACGGCUUGGCCUUGGGCAUCGGAGAUGACCUUCGAGCCUGGCCCAGGUAUCGUGUGUUGCGUGGGAUGGAGAUGGGCCAGUAUGACCUGGAGAUCCUGUCAGCUGAGCUGUCGGAUGACUCUCUAUAUGAGUGCCAGGCCACAGAAGAAGCCCUCCGUUCCCGAAGAGCAAAACUCACUGUCCUCGUGCCCCCUGGAGACCCUGUGAUUUACGAGGGUCCGCAGGUGCUGCUGAGGGCGGGUGAGGCCUACAACCUGAGCUGUGUGUCUCGUGGGGCAAAGCCGCCUGCGCGCAUCCACUGGGAGAAAGACGGGAUGCCGCUAGAUGGGGGCUUCAGUGUCACCGAGGUGCUAGCAGACCGGAAGCGAACCACCACCCGCAGCUUCCUACCCAUCCUCCCCGUGGAAUCAGACACAGGACGCAACAUUACCUGUGUGAGCAGCAACGCAGCUGCUCCCACCGGCAAAUACGCCACCGUGUCCCUCAACGUCCACUAUGCCCCCAUAGUGACCCUGUCUGUGGAACCACGCUCUGUGCUCCAGGGAGACAAAGUCACCUUUACCUGCCAUGCCAGCGCCAACCCACCUGUCAUGGGUUACAGGUGGGCGAAGGGAGGCAUUCUGCUGGAAGGCGCCAGGGAGAGUGUGUUCGUGACCACGGCCGACCACUCCUUCUUCACGGAGCCAGUGUCCUGUCAGGUGUUCAACGUAGUGGGCGGCACCAACGUCAGCAUCCUGGUGGAUGUCCAUUUUGGCCCCCUGUUGCUGGCAGAGCCCACCCCUGUGACAGCAGAUAUCGAGACUGAUGUCACACUGCGCUGCAAGUGGUCUGGUAACCCCCCUCCCACCCUCACCUGGACCAAGAAGGGCUCCAGUGUGGUACUCAGUAAUAAUGCCCAGCUGUACCUGAGAUCUGUGAGUCAGAGUGAUGCUGGUCAAUACAUUUGCAAGGCCAUCGUCCCCCAGAUUGGCGUAGGCGAGAGGGAGGUCACUCUCACUGUCAACGGUCCUCCUGUUAUUUCCAGCGAUCCCAUUCAGUAUGCGGUACGAGGGGAAAGAGGAGAGGUCAAGUGUUACAUUGUCAGCACCCCUCCCCCGGACAAGAUUAUGUGGGCGUGGAAUGAGAAUGUGUGGGGGGAUGAGAGGUACACGGUGGAGCCCAGCUUGUUGCCGGGAGGCGCCGUGCUCUCCACCCUCUUCAUCACCAGCGUCAUGGACUCGGACUUCCACUCUCCUUACAACUGCACGGCCUGGAACCAUUUCGGACCCGGGUCCAUGGUCAUCUACCUGCAGGAGAAAGAGACGGUGCCAGUAGGGAUAAUAGCCGGUGGCACUGUGGGAUCUCUCAUCCUGCUUCUCCUCUGUCUCCUGGCGCUUGCCUUUUUCUUCUUCCGUCAGCGCAAAGGAAGUCGGCGUGGGGUGACUCUGGGAAAGGCGGAUAUCAGAGUGGAGACAGUCAACAAGGAGACUCCCAGUCUAGAGGAAGAUUCUUCCAGCAUCUCCACAGCAACCCGCAUGGUCAAGGCCAUGUACUCUUUUUUGCCAUCUGUCUCCCUCUCUCCUUCCACUCAGUCUUUCAAAGACGACAUUGAGCUCAAAAAGGAACUACGCAGCGACACGCUCGACACCUCCGGGGAAUAUGAGAUCAAGGACCCGACAAAUGGCUACUACAAUGUGCGAGCCAACCCUCAUGAUGAAACUCAGCCUUCUACAUGCUCCAUGUUAUACCAUGAAUACCAACCUGCCAAUAUGGCAGGUGGGGCAGCGGGGGCUGUGGCAGGUGGCACAGGUGUGCCUAGUGGAGGGGGUGUGGCUUGCAGCGGAGCUGUGGCUGGUGGCACCGGGAGUGGAGGGGGAGCUGGAGCAGGAACUUAUAACCCCCGCCCCCCAUCGCGUUUUUCCCACACAAACUACGCUCAGUUCAGCACCUUUGCACGGGUCGGUAAGUCCCAGCCAGCAACCACAAACCCUGCCCCUUCCAUGGGGGAGUUCUCCAGAGACUGUGGCCUUCUGGAGUCAUCCACACAGCUGGCUUAUGAGACAUACAACUAUCGGGCUCAAUACCCAUACCGCCUGGGCUUCACCCCCUUGGAGGGAACUCCAGCCUUUGAGAUGUACGGGACGGCAGCCACUGCUGGGAUAGCGCAAGAGACUGGAUUUGGCAAGUUUGGUGGCUCUGCCCGCUUCUCUUACACCUCGCAGCGCACAGACUACACACAUAGACACAACCAGAGGAUGCAGACCCAUGUGUGAGAAUGAAGGACACUAGACACUGCUCUUCUGCCCCCAAUCCUAACUCUUUGCCCUUGGAGCUUCUGUUUCACACAGUGCUGAAUGUUUACCUCCCAGCUCUAAAGGCUGAGGUCAAGAUUUUAGACUAGAGAGAAGAACAUGAACCUUGGCUGACAACUUUCUUGUCCUGUUUGUACGUACCAUUUUAUACAUUUCUCCAGGAAAAAAAAUAAAUGCCGAUGUGUGUUUGCCUUGUAUACAUCCUCCAUAUUCAUUUGUAUAUUUUCAGUACUUUUUCUGUUUAUUAUAGUCGGUGUACUAUUGUUUUUUGUUUACGCAGUAUUUAUACAUACUAUCCUGAAUCAGAUAUGAAAAAAAAUAAAUUCUGAAACGGAGGAUU